AUGCAAGAUGCUAUUACUAAUAUUAUGAAUAAGUAUGAUUUAACAGGUAAAUACUUAGAUCAAUUUGCGGUUAAUGAACUAGAAAUCUAUUUUUCAAAUGCUAUUAAAAGAAUAAAAACGAUAGAAACUAUAAAUAGUAAAGCAGCAACUAUCAUUAAAGAAGCAGCGGCUAUAUUAUAUGAAGAGCAGCCUGAACUAUUAAGACCUGGAGGGAAUUCUUAUACUACUCGCCGAUAUGCUGCAUGUUUACGAGAUAUUGAGUAUUAUUUACGAUAUACUAGUUAUGCGAUUAUUGCAGGCAAUACUAAUAUUCUAAACGAACGAGUACUAGAUGGUCUACGAGAUACAUAUAAUUCAUUAAAUGUACCACUUGCACCAACCGUAAGAAGUAUUCAAAUUUUAGAAGAUAUUAUACAAAAUGAGUUAAAAUUUAUUGAUACUAGUGAUCGCUUUAUUAUUAGUGAACCUUUUCAAUAUAUAAUAGAAUCUUUAAGUGAACAAGAUAUAUAA